AUGUCAUUGAGCAAAUUACCCCCACAAGAGGGAAUUGUGUAUACUUAUGCCUUCAACUUGACAGCGUUUGAAUUCACCGAAUACAGCAAGAAAACCGCACCAAACAUUAUCUUGUUCAUUGGAGGAUUGAGUAAUGGGCUUUUGAAUGUGCCUUAUUUGCCCACACUUGCCAAAGCUGCUACAAAUUUCAAAUCCCAGGAUGGUGAGGAUUGGAAUCUAGUGCAAGUUUUGCUAUCAUCGGCAUAUUCAGGUUUUGGCACAACCAGCUUGGAAAAAGACACGAGUCAAAUUAGAAAAGCAGUGGAAUAUUUCCGGUCUGAAGCUGGUGGUAAAAGACGCAAAAUUGUGUUGAUGGGUCAUUCAACUGGGUGCCAAAAUUCAUUACAUUACUUGACAAACAUCAACAAUAAGGAGGAUGUGCCCGACACGGCUAAGGUCCAAGGAGCUAUAUUACAGGCGCCAGUUUCCGACUCAGAGGCAUUAUCAAUUGAGUCAAAGAAGAAGGAGGUAGAUGCCUUGCUUAGGGAAGUUUUCGUGGAUUAUCUUUCCGAAGGAAAAGGAGCGUAUAUUUUGCCGGAGAAGUUUAGGAGGCUUGUAUUCAAUACACCCAUCACAGCCUACAGGUUUUUCUCUUUGUUCAGCAAGCGUGGCGAUGACGAUUUCUUCUCCUCCUAUUUGACUGAAGAUGAUUUCAAAAAGACUUUUGGAAGUGUUACUGUCCCCUUGUUGGUAUUGUAUUCAGGUAAAGAUCAAUUUGUUCCUGCUUCGGUAGAUAAAGCUGCUUUAGUUUCCAGGUUCCAAGAUUCAACCCCAUCUGAAUAUUGGAACUCCAACAGUAAGAUUAUUGAGGGGGCCACACAUGAAAUAGGUGAUGGGUCCGAUGAAGGUGUUACUGAUAUUUUGACUGAGUCCGUUUCCAAGUUCGUUAGUGAUGUCUAA